CCAGCCUCUCACUGGGUUUGUGGCUCUUGCGGUCUUGUUCCUGUGGAUGAUAUGUUGCUGGCCGUCGUUCUGUGGCUCAACCUCUCACACAAUGGAGGAUGAGCUAAGGAAGGUCGUGGCGGUGCCUAAAAUCCUGGGUGCAGAUGGGUUUCUAGGAGGGCCAUCACGUGUGGAAUUUUGAUGAACUAU